AUGUCGGACUCGGAAGAAGAAAUAAAUGAUAAGAAAUUGAAGAUAGUUGUAAUGGGAGAUGGUGCAUCAGGAAAGACAUCUUUGUGUACCAGAUAUUCACAAGAGCAGUUUAACAAACAGUAUGGUCAAACGGUUGGGCUAGAUUUUUAUUUAAAGAGAAUAGUACUACCAGGAAAUAUUAAUGUGACACUUCAAGUAUGGGAUAUUGGAGGACAAACUCUUGGUGGUAAAAUGUUAGAUAAUUAUAUAUAUGGUUCUCAGGGAGUUUUGCUGGUGUAUGAUAUUACAAAUUAUUCAAGUUUUGAAAAUUUAGAAGAUUGGUAUGCAGCAAUAAGAAAAGUUUGUAAAGAUGUCCGUUCUCCUCACAUCGCUUUAGUUGGAAAUAAAAUUGAUUUGGAACACAUGAGAACAGUAAAACAAGAUAAACAUCAACGAUUUGCUCAAGAACAUGGAAUGUCCAGUCAUUUUGUAUCCGCCAAGUCUGGUGAUUCGGUGAACUUAUGUUUUCAAAAAUUAGCAGCUGAGAUUCUUGGUGUCAAGUUAACUAAGCCUGAAGUUGAACAACAACAAAGAGUUUUAAAAGCAGAAAUCAUUAAAUAUCCAGCAGACGCACCAGUUAAGCCAUUACCCCAGCAACCUAAAAGUUCAUUUUGUGUUCUUCAAUGAAGAACUAGUUAUGGAAAUUAGACUUAGGCUAACACAACAGAAUCUUACAAUGAAAACACCUUCCAAUUGUCCAAUCUGAUUGAAUUCGUCCACAAUCAAAUCCUGCCACAUAUACUUAUAACUUUAUUCUUAUAACAAUUUGAUUUUCUUUAUCAGAUGAAGCUUGUUUUUCAAUUUACACUUUAUCACUUAUAAAAAUAAGAUUCAGAGUGAUAUAUCAAACAAGGAUGUUGAUAUGACAAUAAAUAGGUGAUAUUUAUCCACCUUUGUUUUUAACUAAGGUUUCUCGGUUUAUGAGACUGUCAGUUAUAGGCUAUGACUGUUUUUAUUAUUAAAUGUUACCCCAUGUUUGUCCGUCAAUAUGUCUGUUCACAUUUCCUAGUAUGAUAAAAUUUUGUAUGUGUACACAAUCCUAAAAUGAAGAAAAAAAUCAAAUUUGAUAGUGUUGAAUAUUAAAGCCUGUAAUAUUGAUUUAAAUUUUUAUUAUAAUCAUUUUUGAUAUGCCCACAUCUCUCUAUGUGGACAUAUUGUCGGCACCCCUGUCCGUCCGUCGGUCAACAUUUGCUUGUAAACGCUCUAAAAACUAGAUUGUUUGAUGGAAUCAAAUGAAAUUCGGUAUGUGUAUACAUAUUCAUAAAACGAAGAUCAAGUUCUAAUUUGAGCUAUUUUCGACCGUUAGAAGCAGAGUUAUUGCCCUUGCCCUAAAAUCUUGAAUAUGCUAUUACUCUCUUAGUUUUCAACCGAUUUUGAUGAAACUUAAAAUGGAUGUUUCGUUUUUACCAUCCGCAUGCCGUGAAGGGCGUGUAUGGCUGUGGUCCACUAUCUUUAUAAUUUGUCAAAAAAAUAGAAGACACAUAAAGCAUUUCAAGUAAAAGUUCUUUUCUGGUCCAUUUUUAGUUGAUGUGGCCGUACAUUGUCGCUGUCGUCCCUGUCUGUCUGUCUGUCCACAAUUGCCUUGUGAACACUUAAGAGACUAUUUUUCAUCUGAUUUUAAUGAAAUUCAUAGUCAUCAUUUAAAUUGAAAGCUUAGUCAAGUUUGAAUUAUAUUGUUACUGCCCUUGACUUAGUAAAAAUUUGUUUUUGAACACUAAAGAUACUACAGUUUUCAUCUGAUCUUAAUGAAAUUUGGUGUGAUCAUAAUGGGAUUUUAGUCAAGUUCAAAUUUGAUGAUUUUUAGAUGAAUGGUUUGGGAGUUAUUUAUUAGGAAAUGUGUGUCUUUGUGAACACAAUAGAUACUGCAGUUUUUAUACGUCCAUAUGAAUAUGUGGUCGUAUAUUGUCGUCGCCCCUGUCCGUCGGUCCGUCCGUCAACAUUUCUUGUGAGCACUAUAGAGACUACAGUUUUUAUCUG